CUUGGAGCAACAACUUUUUCUUUCACAACAGUCCCGAGAGAGCAACUUUGAAACAUGCAGGUACCGAACAGACCGGUGGGAUCUUGCGGAUACUCGGUGCGUAAUUACGCACCGGCGUCACUGUGCGCUCAGAGCUACGGGAGCCGCUGCGCUCCGACCACGAAGGCUCCCAGCGGGAAGUCCUUCACCAUCGAGGCUCUGCUCGCCAAGCCGGAGGAGAAGGCACCCAGAGACCGGAGCAGUCCAGCUCAGUGCGCGGUGACAUACGAGCCAGGCGCACCUCCUCUGCCUCUCCCUGGUUUACCGAUUCCACCAGCACCAUACCUCUAUUCACCGAACGCGGUGCACCCCGGCAUUCACCCGCACCCCGGAUAUUCCGUCUACUGCUACCCUCCUUUCAACUACGCACCAUCCUGCCGAGCAGGGUUUUACGCACAAGCUACCGUGUCCAAAGUGAACGCAGGGUUCCACCCGUUCAAAACGAAAGGCGGCAAGUCCAAACGCAUGCGCACCAGCUUCACCAGCGAGCAGCUGUCCCGGCUGGAGAAGGAGUUCGCCCGGCAGCAGUACAUGGUGGGAUCCGAGAGGUUCCUCCUGGCUUCCGCUCUACAGCUCACAGAAGCUCAGGUCAAAGUCUGGUUCCAGAAUAGACGCAUCAAGUGGCGCAAACAGAGUCUGGAGCAGCAGCAGGCCAAACUGGCCAAACUGGGCCUGGCUGCUCCACCAAAGAGUCCCGGAUCUCAAGGCCACGGAGACGAAGGCGACGAGGAAGAGGAUUUCUCCGAGUCAGAUGUGGAGGUGGACGUCUCGGAGGGUUCUGUGGACCACUGCUGACCGUUUCAGUGUGACUUCUGAACAAAGAACUUUACUGUACAUAGCGCCGAGAAAGGGGACAGCUGUCUCCAACUAUGACUAUUUAAUAGAUUUAUACUUAUAUUUAAUUUUCUACAUUUAUUCCUUGAAGAUGAGAUCAUAUCAUGUAUUGCUUUAUG